GAUGAAAUGGAGGAUGUCCAGAACCACGAAACAGAAAGUGUUGAUCGCCGUGACGAUCACGAUCUUGAUGAAGACCAUGCUGUCACUACGAAUAGCUUCGAUAGAGCUGAAAGUGUGGAUCUGGAUACACCUCUGAAGGUUGACCGCAUGCCUUCUGCCGGCUCCGAAUCGGAUGGUGCCGAUAAAGAUAAAUCCGAGUCUAUCCGGUCCAAUGGGAACGAACGUCUUGAUGGCAACGAAGACAGUGAUCUUGAUGAAGACCAUGAUCUCGACGAAGACCCGGAAGACCAUGACCUGGAAGAAGACCAUCCCAUCACUGCAAAUGGCUUUGAUGAUACCGAAAGUAUGGAUCUAGAUGCACCUCAAAGGGAUGAUUACCCGGAAUCGGACAUUGCCGCUGAUGAUGAGAUGGAUGAUGCCCAAGACUACGAAAACAAAAGUGUUGAUACUGAUGAAGUCGAUGGCACCACUCCAAAACACCAUGAUAGAGAAAGCGUGGAUCUUGAUACGCCACUCCCGGGUGGCCGCAUGGCUACUACCAGCCCCAAAUUAGAGGUUACUACUGAGGAUGAGAUGGUCAAUACCCAAGGCUCGACAGGGUAACCGCGAAAAAACAUACAAGAAACUCGCGACCCAGCAUGUAUACAACUACUUUGGGGAUGCAAGUAGCGACUCGGGCUCGGAUAGUUCCAGCGAUGGCAGCGAUUCCAGCAUCCCUGCGAAGAUGCCGAGAACUGUAAGCGUCGAGUUGUGAUGUGUCUUUUUGGGGGGGCGUUUGGCGUGGAAUGACAGUGUUUACGAUUCAAGGAGUCUGUAUGAGAUACCGAGAGACACGUUUCUGAGGGCGUUCUUGGGGCAUUUUUUAUAUCUGCGCUGUAGGGCUAUGAUGGAUACCUGGCCCACACACCUUCGCCGCCCUCUAUCAAUUCUCUGGGGUUUAGGGCAUGUAAGAUUGAUGGCGUUAUGGCGAGAUGAGGAUCUCUGAAUAUGAUCGGCCGUAGCAAGGAGAACAUGUGGUAUUGCCCUACAGUACGUACAAAUAAUGAAGAAAAAAAAGUUUGUAAAAAUCAGCCUCUGGCCUCAUAUGAGCCGGUUCGGC